CGCCAUUCCUCCUUCGCCAUCAAUCCUAAUUUAUACCAAGCAAAGCUCAGUUUUUUAUAAAUCCCCAAAAUGUCAUUGCCUCCAGAACAGAUCAGUAUCAAACGCCGUCGAGAGGAGGAACCGGUGGACACGUUAUAUAUUCAGUCUGAUCUACAUCAGACAAAACGCCGCUUUACAGACUUCGUGUUCCAGCGAGUCCAGGUCAGUGCCAAGGAUCUGAAAAACGGCUCCCCAAGUGCUUCACCCGUAUCAGCGGCGCAGAGGUCUAUUCUCACUCCGCGCUCUGUGAGCACCUCUGUAUCUUCGGCUGUGCCGAACCGCUCCACGGGAGGGGUUCCCUUGGUCAGAGCCACAUCCCCCGGGGCAGAGCUUCGCGAAGAAAAACGUCUCGCGGCCCUUCGGAAGGAAGCCGAGGAGAAGGUGAAGAGGGCUUUGAAUUCUUCGCCGGGACCCGCUCAACGGGGCACUCACAAUGAGAGCCCAGAUCGUGAUGCUGUUGCUGAGACUCCCGCGGUUGGCGUGUCAUCCGCUUCCAGUGCGCGAGGCAGUUCGGCGUCUUCGCCAUCACGGACGCAGUCGCUGCGACGAUUCCAGAUUUCGAGGUCAAGUACGCCGAUGAGUCCCCUCCGGAGCAGUGGUGGAGGGGUACAGAAACGUAAAGCAGAUGGGGUCGCAGUGCUCGUGGAGAAGCUUCGGCGUAAACCGCAUUCACGGCAGGCGUCUUUGGUGGCUGAUGCGGCGGUGCGAGCGGAUGAUGUCGGCUCUCGUGACGGCUCCGAUGCGGCUAAGGAACAGCCUGUCCGUCUGCGGAAGAGACCGGUGGUGAACCAGGCUGAAAGAAAAUGGAGGGAGGAGCGUAAGGGGGCGAUCUCAGCCGCCAAAAAGCAUAUCUCGCAGGUGCUCGAACAAGGGGCCCAAGCACGCCACAGCAACUGGGAAGAUGAGUCAGAGAGACUGGCCCGGGAUUUCGAGCAAAUCGCAUUAGAGCUCGAGGGGGAAAUGGAAUUGGAAACAGAGGUGUCGCCCGCGGAGACGAAACAUAACCCUCAAUCUGUUGGCGAGCGGGCUCGUUCGGUGAUGCCCAAGCCUCCAUUAAAAUAUCCUCCUCGUACACCCAACAAGCUUCGAGCGGCGGGGUCUGCAGAACGCAAGCAAGGGGCGACGAAUCCUGAAGGAUCCGCCGAGACUGCCACGCCAGCACUACACCACUUAACCUCCGCUGCAGGGCAGGAUGACGAUAGUGACGGGGAGUAUGUCUACGAUACGUACAUCCGGCGUCCUCUGCCGGAUGGAGGACAGCUUACGAACCCACUAACGGAUUUGGAAUUGAACCAGGAUGAGUGGUUCCGUCAAAAAGGUAUCGAUACGAGUCGUCAGGACAUCGGUGUAAUCGUCAUCACACCUGAGGAUGAAGAAUACUGGGAGCAUUUUGCAGAAGAGGAUGACGAUGAAGAUCAGUGGGACAGCGAAGACGGCGAUUCCAAUGCUGAAAAUAAUCCUGCGAAUGACUAUCCAGACGAAGAACUCUCCUGGGAUGACGAAGAGGACGAUCCUAGAGCCGUGUACAGCAAGUAUCGACGCCAUCAGUCGGAUGACGAAGAGUUCAACUUUGACGAUUCAUCCAGUGAGCGCUUUGGUUAUGGCUAUGGAUACGGAGAUAGACAACGGGCACACGUGGAUUCUGAUGACGAGAGCUGGUGAUGGGCACAACGACGGGUGGCUGCAUUGAUUAUUCUAUUGGAUCUAAGUGCUUGUUCUGCACGGUACUUUGGGCAAAGAGAAACCUUCGGCAGGGGUGGGAAGCAAUACGCGAUCAGACACCAGUCCCCUUGUUCUCCUGGCCAUCUUCCUUCACUCACCGCAAUUCUGCAGAUGCAGACGAGGGCAGACAGAUGAUGAGACCGAGUCUGUUUCUGCAGAGUAACCUUCAUUUCUGCAUGCGGACUCCAUAACACAGCAUGUGCAGUACAGUACGUAUGAUUAUUACACCCUUCAUGUCUUGGACGGGGGAUCAACCCUGGUCCAGGCAUGCAUUAAAUCCAACAUCAUAAGGGUACGGGUACAAAGUACGAAAUGACAUGAGGUACAGAUGGUCUUCUAGUCAUGCUAUAUUUUCUCUCUCUCUCUCUCUCUCUCUCUCUCCCGCUCAAGAUGAAACCCCAAUCUAAUCCUACAAAUAUCCAAGA